GCUCCCCCUCCCUCUCCUCUCAUCCCCUCUUCGAUCCCUCGUGUCGUUAUCCCGCUCUUCUUUCCCAUCAGCUGGGAGGAAAUGACACGAUAGCUCGCACACAUUGGGGAUUUUCUGCAUUCAUAAUGCGUCAUCUCUUAUCACUGCUCCUGCUUCUGGUCGCAUCGGCCGUGCUGGUAUCCGCCGUCCCCGCUGGCUCCAGCAUCACUCCACCGCCGCCCCCCCAACCCGUCCACCUCUUGUCGUCGCAGCCCUCCGACCACCGACGGCCAUGGACUCGACUCCGGGACUGGGUCAUCGAGUCCAUCUGGGGAAUCGACCAACCCGCCGCCCAUCGUUUCCCAAACACUGAUUCCCCGCGCGGUCGCUCUUCGCCAUCCCGGAUCCUGGCGCGCUACGGCAGCGACGUCGUGCUACGGUUCAACCUGCGCAACGAAGAUGAGGCGGAAGCAUUGGCCCAGGCGGCCGAUAUUCUUUUUCUGGAUGUCUGGGCAUCGACACCAGCCUUCGUGGACAUUCGUCUGGCGGAGGAAGUCAUUCCUUCCCUAUUGGGCCUACUACCCAAAUCCCUGCAAACUGCGUACACUCCGCUCAUGGACAAUCUGGCGGAGAUGAUUUAUACUUCGUAUCCUCCGCGAAAACCGGUAGGGCUGGAAGGGCAGGCCGGCUUUGUGCCCUCGGGCCGAACCUCGGCCCAUAUGGGCGACCUCUUCUUCCACGAGUAUCAACCCCUCGCGGUCAUCGUACCCUGGAUGCGAUUGCUGGCAUCGAUGUUCCCAUCUCAUGUGCGUUUCAUCAACGUCGGAAUCUCCUACGAGGGUCGCGAGAUUCCCGCGCUCAGACUUGGCGCAGGCGGCCCCGCGGACGCCUCUAAACCCCGUAAGACGAUCAUCGUAGCCGGUGGCAGCCACGCCCGCGAAUGGAUCAGCACCUCCACAGUGAACUACGUCAUGUACAAUCUGAUCACCAAGUACGGAAAAUCCAAAGCCGUCACCAGCCUCCUGGAAGACUUCGACUGGAUCAUGAUCCCCACGCUCAACCCCGACGGAUACGUCUACACCUGGGAUGUGGACCGGCUGUGGCGCAAGAACCGCCAGCAGACCAGCCUGCGCUUCUGCCCGGGGAUCGACCUCGACCGAGCCUGGAACUUCGAAUGGGACGGGGAACGGACCCGCUCGAACCCAUGCUCGGAGACGUACGCGGGCGAUGAGCCGUUCGAGGGCCUGGAAGCCCAGCAACUUGCUCAGUGGGCCCUCAACGAGACCCGCAACAACCACGCCGAGAUCGUCAGCUUCGUUGACCUGCACUCCUACUCGCAGCAAAUCCUCUACCCGUUCUCUUUCUCGUGCUCCACGGUCCCACCCACCCUGGAGAGCCUGGAAGAACUUGGUCUCGGCCUCGCGAAGGUCAUCCGCUAUGCAACCCACGAGAUCUACGACGUUUCAUCCGCCUGUGAAGGCACCGUCACGGCUGGCGUGAAAGGGGAGCUCGGUCGGUUCUUUCCCAUCGGCGGCAGCUCCGGCGGCAGUGCGCUGGAUUGGUUCUACCACCGGCUGCACGCGACCUUCUCAUACCAGAUCAAGCUGCGCGAUCGCGGCAGCUACGGGUUCCUGCUUCCGGCCCAAUACAUCAUUCCCACAGGCAAGGAGAUCUACAACGUCAUUCUCAAGCUGGGGUCCUUCCUGAUGAAGGAGGACUCUUUCGACAUCGACUGGGAGUCAGAGCUGUACAGCCUGGCCUCGGAUCUCCCAGAACCCUCAUACGCCGGGCGUAAGAGUGAUACACAAACCCAGGGCCCGAUUGACCUCGACUAUGAGGAAUGGGAGAUGGUCGACCCUGCAGAUGACGACGUUGAAGACGAAGACGAAUAUGAAUAUGAACACGACCACUCAUUUGAGUUCCGACGCUAGACCGUCGCCUUGUCGCCUUUACUGCCUUGCGCUAUAUUGAUAUGAUCACCGACCUACCUACCCCGUGAGCUUGCGCGGUUCAUACUCACCCGACCUUCCUUCUGUACCACCCUCCCUUGAUUGAUGACGGCCUGGAUGACGAUCUUAAUGACUAAUGAUGGGUUUGGCUUGGAAGUUAGGAAAUUAAGAACUUACUGUAGUAGGUGGUGAGGCAGUUGGUUAGCUCUGGUAGAUAGUGCCUGCCUACUAUACAUAAUUCUUUUGUUAUAUGCG